UUUGUACCUCAGGAAAGUGUGAAAGUGCAAGGCAAGUGGUGUCUUGCUAGCUAAGUGAUUGGUUGUUAGCUAAAGCUUGGUUUUCGCUCCCAACGUUUAUCCAUUCUUGGAACCUCACAUUGUUCUAAUGCCGUGUAAUGGUCCAGGUAGUACAAAGGUCGGUGGUCAGCAAAGGGAUCCGCAAAAUAGAUUCCUGCUGAGUCUUUUUGCAGAGUGCUUCGUGGUGACCAAAGUCUGAAACGAUUUACGUCCAUUGUGAAAAGAUGGACUGCCGAUCGUGGAACGCUCUUUCCUUAGUUUCUGCCGUUCUAUGGAUAGUCUGCUUACCAAGCAUAUCCAACGCCACGACCCCGGCAGGACCUUCCACCACCACCGCUAGCUGCGCAAGUCUGACUUGUUACAACGGAGCAUAUUGUUAUAUAUUUUUUGGAACGCCCACCUGCAGCUGUACCUUGUUUUACUACGGUAUCCAGUGCCAAUACUAUGCGUUUGCAAGUGCAGCCACGCCAACACCAUCCUCAACCACUGAGUACACGAUCACGACCACUGGUAGCUGCGCAACUCAGACUUGUUACCAUGGAGCAUGUUAUCUAUCGUAUGGAACGCCCACCUGCGGCUGCAAAUUAUUUUACUACGGUUACCAUUGUCAGUACUAUGCGUUUGCAAUUGCGACCACGCCAACACCAUCCUCAGCCCCUGAGAUUGCGACCACGCCAACACCAUCCUCAGCCCCUGAGAGUAAGUUUCAGCCAUACGUGAUGCGAACAGAAUUCACAGUUGCGACCACGCCAACACCAUCCUCAGCCCCUGAGACCCCCGACUCCAGCCUGAGUGGAAGCACAAUUGCCUUGAUCUGCGUCUGCCUCAUCGUUAUCCUGUGUAUCGUCAUUGGCGUAUCUUGCCUGAUAGUCCGCUUUUCCAGAAAGCUGAGUCUGAAUCGGGAAUACCAGCUCCUUAUGGCUUCGGACGAGGAGGAACAAGAAGACACAGUACCAGAACCAACAACGACAACACCACCAACAACAACAAGCCACACUGUUGCACCCCCGAGCGAUCCAACCUUCCCCGGGCACACCACGUGUCUUGAGCGUGCUGCUGGCACAGUGCCCCCGCCAACACAAAACCCACAUGACACUGCAGAUGCAAUGUCCCAUCCAGAUCACAACCCACAUGACACUGCUGGCACAGUGCCCCAUCCAGCACACAACCCAUACGACACUGCCAGUACCAUGUCCCAUGCAGCUCACAACCCAUACUGUGCCGCCUACACAGUGCCCCAGCCAGCACACAACCCACAUCAUGCGGCAGGUAUGAUUCCCCAGCCAGCAUACAAUCCACAAAACACAGUCAGUGCAAUGUACCAUCCAGCCCACAACCCACACGAUACCAUGUACACAAUGCCCCAUCCAGCAGCACAUGACACACAUCACACGGCAGGCACAACGGAGCAGAAAGGAUACCUGCCUGGCCACAUGCCCGCAUACACAUCUGGUGCUUCAAUGCCUGGACUGGCCAGUAUGGCUGGCUUCUCGGCCGACCAAGCAGCUGCCAUUUCCGAAACAGCCCCGCCAGCUUAUGAAGAUUCCGAUCCAAUGCCCCAUUGUGUCAAGCAUUGACUUUUUUUCACAAGGCAAUAUUCGCUGCUUCCGAUUUAAACAGGAUGUGAAAGCUUACACCGGCAGGCAACAACUAGGCAUCUCUCUCCCGAUCUUGUUAGUGACAGUCAACGUGUUAUAAUACUUCGUUCCCCAUCUUAGUUCCCUCCAAUUGAGGAUUAUUCAAGGGGUUAUUUUUUUGAUUUGCCAAUGCUCCUUCAUGAUAGAUAUACCCAUUGCAUGAUCAUCCCACUUUUUCAGGAAUGUGUAGGUCGUGCAUUGUUACUGUCAAGGCUGCACUACAUAUCGCCUUGCAUCAUCUACUUUCGUUAACCGGUGUUACGCCUUAUCCUGGAUAUCACUGGAACGUCAUGUCCAUGGGAGAAAGAACUACUCACUGAAUUUUGUAUGUGCCAAGUAGCCUCGUUCGCUUGGCACUUCAUUCCGCCUCUCUGAUCCUGUUUUGCAAUUUGAAACACUUUAAAAAAAGUAUUUUAAAUUUGCCUUUGA